UGUUAUAAUUUUUUUGUGAGUUCUAUUUAUUGAUUUGUUUUCUUCAAUUUUCCCACAUUUUUUUACACCGCUUAGCACUCAGUACAAAGGAAGCUGCAAAAAAGUCCAAAAACACCUUAACCUCUCCAUGCUCUGAACCCUUCUUGCACACAACCAUAGGAAAAGGUAAAGUGUUGUUUGAGAGGUGAAGAACAAGAUGGGUAUGGGAAAUCAAGAUGCAAUUAAGCAGUUGCAGUCUUUGAUGGACAAUGUUGAUGAGCAGAAGAAGAUCACAUUCAAGAAUAUGCACCAGGGAUAUCCGACUGAAACGUUAGGGCGGUUUCUCAAAGCUCGGGACGGGAAUGUUGCCAAAGCUCAUAAAAUGUUAAUUGAUUGUUUACAUUGGAGAGUGGAAAAUGAGAUUGACAAAGUUUUAGCGAAGCCAAUCCCAACGGAUUUGUACAGAGCUGUGCGAGAUUCUCAGCUCAUAGGAAUGUCUGGUUACACAAAAGAGGGCCUACCCGUCAUCGCUGUUGGCGUUGGGCUCAGUACGUAUGACAAAGCAUCCGACAAAUACUAUAUACAAUCUCACAUCCAAGUGAACGAAUAUAGAGAUCGGGUGAUCUUGCCAACUGCUACAAAGAAGCAUGGAAGAUAUAGUGGCACCUGCGUGAAAGUCUUGGAUAUGACUGGUUUGAGAUUUUCAGCGCUCAACCAAUUAAGGCUAUUGACAGCUAUAUCUACGAUAGAUGACUUGAACUAUCCGGAAAAGACAGACACAUACUAUAUCGUUAAUGCACCAUAUGUAUUCUCCGCGUGUUGGAAGGUUGUAAAGCCUCUUUUGCAAGAAAGAACAAGGAAGAAAAUCCAGGUGCUGCAAGGCUGUGGCAAGGACGAAUUACUCAAGGUAAUGGACUACGGAUCUCUCCCACACUUCUGCAAAAAACAAGAUUCCAAGUCAUCGAGACAUAAUGCAGUUGCAGCAAUUACCGAAAACUGUUUCUCCUUCAACCACGCAUUCCAUCAACAACUCUAUAACCACAUAAAGCAGCAAGCUAACUCUGCGGAAUCAACACCGCUGAUGAGACAAGGAUCUUUCUAUGUAGACAUACCAGAGCCAGACCCGGAUGAUGCCAAAAUAGCCAAAACCAUUGAAGUUGAGUUUCACAAAUUGGAAAAUCAGAACAACGGAAGCGUUGAAGUUGAGUUUCACAAACUGGAAAUCCAGAAAAAAGGGUUUACCAACUCGCGAACCGGUCUUGCUGUUAAUGGAAGACAUUGAGAAAGCUUGUGAAGAUUCUGAGGCACUUUUAUUUCUUGAUUUGCUUUAUGAUAUAUAUCUAUAUGAUAUGGAAGGUUAUACCUGUUCUUUAUUAGUAUAAAGGUAUACCAAGUUAUUACUAGAUGUAAUGUAAUAUUGUAAUGAUUGCAUCAACUCAGAUGCAGAUAUGUUCAGACACAAACUUUAAUCUAAUUUUUAUAACCACUUUGGAUGA